AAAAUUCCAAAGAAUUUACCUCUAUAUCUGGUACAUCUUUGCUCAGUGCCAUUCUGCUUGUAAUUGGACUGGUCUACUAUUUUGAUGGAAGGGGUGAAAGUUCACACAAACCUGAAUACAGCGUAAUCCGGCACAAAAUUUUCAUGCCUUCAUUUAUGUGAAAUUCGUCUUUAUUUUCAAGAUUGUAAGAAAGGACCUACAAUGAGUGAAAGUGCAUCAGGGGGUGGAGGCUUUGAUGCUGAUUUAGUGGGAGCAUUUAUCCCUAAGCCUGACCUGCUUCAAGUGCUUACAAAUAUGGGGAUAAGCAGGAAUGCCGCUACAAAGGGUUUAUACCACACUGGAAAUUAUAAUGCAGACCUGGCAGCAGCUUGGAUCUUUGAGAACCAGGAUAAAGACCUUGACAACCCGCUUCUGUUAGGUGAGGACGAUGAUAGCUCGGAGGAUGAGAUGGAAGAGUUCUUGGAUGAAUCUGAUUUUUAUAAAAUGGUGUUUGUCGUUAACCAGUCCCUCGGAAUGGGGGUAGGAAAGGUAGCAGCACAGGUUGCCCAUGGUGCAUUGGGAUUAUAUCGUGUUCUCGUUGAAGAUCACAAUAAAUAUGGCGGACCUUUGAUGGCUUGGGAGAGCUUUGGUGAGACCAAGAUUGUGACAAAGGGUGAAAAUGGUGAACAUUUACAAGAACUUCAAGCCAAAGCUGCCUCCCUAGACAUUCCCCACUACCAGGUCCACGAUGCUGGGAAAACACAGAUAGCUGCUGGUUCAAACACUGUGCUAGCCUUAUUUGGAAAACUGGACAUUGUAGAUAAAAUUACAGGAUCUCUUCAAUUGUUAUAGCCUUCGAUACAUUCUCAGCUGAAUGGGAGGAAAAUGCCGAUUAUAUCCCGAUGUACAGUAGUUUAUCCCGAAGAUCUUUUUAUCUGUUAAAUUGACUGUGCCAGUAUGAAUCAUUUGUCAGUAUAGACUAGAUACCUAAUGUGGAAGCCUGGACUCUAAUAAUUGCUCUCAGAACAGGGCAAAUAAAGUUUUUCGAUAUUAAUGACUUGCUUGUAAUGAUCCCAAAAGGAGCCAUUAUGGCCUUUAAUGCCAACUACCUAUGAACUAAUGAAGGCAUUAUAGUUUUAUCUCGAUCAACCUAUUACUGGUUGGAGCUGAUCAAAGGAUAAUCUCUAAUUCAAUAAAAAUAGUGCAAAUAAAGCUCUUUUUAGAAGAAGCAAUGUCAAAUUUUGAAAAAAGGCCUGAUAACCUCUGAGCCAACAUACCUUAAGGUUUGUGAAUUAGGAAAUGCCAUUGGUUGUAAGAAAAUGCCAUUGGUUGUGAGUAAGAAAAUGCCAUUGGUUGUGAGUAAGAAAAUGUCAUUUUAAAUAUAAUUGUGGCAGUGCCUUGUUCCUCAUUCAAAUUUUUU